UUCCCGGAGCUGUGAGGAGAGCGGGCGAGCUGGGACUCCGGGCCAUGGCUGGAGUGAGCUAUGAGGAUGUGCAUGUGAACUUCACUCAGGAAGAGUGGGCUUUGCUGGAUCCUUCCCAGAAGAGUCUCUACAAGGAUGUGAUGCUGGAAACCUGUAGGAAUCUCACUGCUAUAGGCUACAAAUGGGAACACCACAGUAUUCAAGAACGUUGUCAAAGUUCUGGAAGAUAUAAAAGGUAUAAUAUCUGUCACUCUGGAGUCCAGCCUUGUGAGCGUAAGGGAUAUGGAAAGAAGCAAUGUACCUUUGCAAGUAACAGUGUUCUUCAAACUGAUGAAAGAGAUCAUACUGAAGAGAAAUCCUGUAAAUGUAAUCAGUGCAAUAAAACCUUUGCAAAUUUUAAUAGUCUUCGACAACAUCAAAGAAGUCAUACUAGGAAAAAACUCUAUGACUGUAACCACUGUAGUAAAGCUUUUCCAAGUCGAAGUUCUCUUCAAGUACAUGAAAGAACUCAUACGGGAGAGAAACCCUAUGACUGCAAUGAAUGUGGUAAAGCAUUUUCAACUCGCAGUCAUCUUCAAAUACACCAAAGAACUCAUACUGGAGAGAAACCUUAUGACUGCAGUGAAUGUGGUAAAGCCUUUGCAAGUAAAGGUAAUCUUCAAAUACACCGAAGAACUCACACAGGAGAGAAACCGUAUUGUUGCAGUGAAUGUGGUAAAGCCUUUGCUACUCACAAUAAUCUUCAAAUACAUGAAAUAAUUCACACUGGAGAGAAACCCUAUAGAUGUAAUGAAUGUGGCAGAGCCUUUGCAUACAGCAGAGCUCUUGAAGCACAUGAAAAAACUCACACUGGAGAGAAACCCUAUGAGUGUAUCCAGUGCAACAAAGCCUUUGCGAGUCAUGUUAGUCUUCGAAAUCAUCAAAAACAUCACACUGGAGAGAAACUGUUUGUGUGUAUGCAGUGUGGCAAAGCCUUUACAAGUCAGAGUAUUCUUCAUAGACAUGAAAGAACUCACACUGUUGAGAAACCGUAUGAAUGUAAUCAGUGUGGUAAAGCCUUUGCACUUCGAAAUUAUCUUCACAUACACAAAAGAACUCACACUGGAGAGAAACCAUAUGAAUGUAAUCAGUGUGGUAAAGCCUUUACAAGUCAUGCUAAUCUUCAAAAUCAUGAAAAACAUCAUACUGGUGAGAAACCCUAUGGAUGUACUCAAUGUGGUAAAGGCUUUGUAUGUAGUAGCAGUCUUCAAAUGCAUGAAAGAAGUCACACUGGAGAGAAACCUUAUGAAUGUAAUCAGUGUGGUAAGGCUUUUACAAGUCGUAGUUAUAUUCAAAUACAUGAAAGAAUUCAUACUGGAGAGAAACCCUACGGAUGCAAGCAAUGUGGUAAAGCCUUUGCAUAUAGCAGUAGUCUUCAAAUACAUGAAAGAAGCCAUACUGGAGAGAAACUUUAUAAAUGUACUCAUUGUGAUAAAGCUUUUGCAAGUCGUAGUUAUCUUCAAAUACACAAAAGAGUUCAUACUGGAGAGAAACCCUAUGAAUGUAAUCAUUGUGGUGAAGCCUUUGCAAGUCGAGGUAGUCUUCAGAAUCAUGAAAAACAUCAUACUGGAGAGAAACCUUAUGGGUGUAACCAAUGUGGUAAGGUCUUUGCACGUCGCAGUAAUCUUCAAAUACAUGAAAAAAUUCAUACUGGAGAAAAACCCUUUGGAUGUCAGCAGUGUGGUAAAGCCUUUGUAUUAAAGCGUGAUCUUCAAAUACAUGAAAGAAUUCAUACUGGAGAAAAACCCUAUGGAUGUACUCAAUGUGGUAAAGCCUUCAUAUGUAGUAGCAGUCUUAAAAUGCAUGAAAGAACUCACACUAGAGAGAAACCUUGUGAGUGUAAUCAAUGUGGAAAAGCCUUUGCAAGUCACAGUUAUCUUCAAAUACACAAAAGAGUUCACACUGGAGAGAAACCCUAUGAAUGUAAUCAGUGUGGUAAAGCCUUUGUAAGUCAUAGUUAUCUCCAAGUACAUAAAAGGGCUCAUACUGGAAAGAACCCAAAUGAAUGUAAUUAAUGCAAUAAAGCCUUUUUAACUCACAGUUAUCUUCAAAUACACAAAAGACUUCACACUGGAGAGAAACCAUAUGGAUGUAAUCAAUGUGGUAAAGGCUUUUCAUAGGCAGGAAAUAAUUCACACUGGAGAGAAACCCUAUGAAUGUAAUCAAUGUGGUAAAACAUUUACAAGUUGAAGUUAUGUUCAAGUACAUAAAAGAGUUCAUACUGGAGUGAAACCUUAAGAAUGUACUCAAUGUGGUAAAGCCUUUGCAUAUCACGCUAGUCUUUGUAAUCACAAAAAAUUUCGUACUGGAUAGAAAUCCUAUAGAUGUAAUUGAUGCAAUAAAAGUUUGGCUCAUCAGUA